AUGGUGCCGCCAGUACAGCUCUCUCCUCUCAUCAAGCUUGGCCACUACUUCACCUUGGUUGUCAGCAUCGCCUGCGCAGCCAAGCGCUACAGUUACCCGAAGCCUCACGCAGAGGAGGAGAGGAUAGCAGCAGAGAAGAGGAAGGAUGAGCUGAAACGGAUCGAGGGGGAACUGGCAGAAGCCGAUGACAGCAUACUGAAGUGA